AUGACAGGUUUUGCAGUUGUUCCAGCACCUACACCACUUGUAAGAUCCUCCUCGGGAGAAAAUAUUCCACUCGCAGGCCAGUAUAUAGUGGGCGCCCAUUCAAUCGGGGCUUUUCUCUUGUGUGCGGUUUUAAAAGCUCAAAGCUUCAGAAAAGUGGCGCAGCACUCCCGCAAAACUGCGCGGCGUCGGCGUGGCGCGAACUCCACCACUCCCUGUCUGGCGCACGCAGCAGCAGUCGGGGCGGCCACUGCGACGUCGCGCGGUGCGGGAGGAGGUCGGAACGAGGCGUCGUCGUCCGCAAGCUGCGGUGGCGUCAACCAGCUGGGCGGCAGCUUCGCCAACGGCAAGCCGCUGCCCUUCCACGUGCGCCUGCGGAUCUUGGAGCUGGCCCUGUUCGGCUACCGACCCUGCGACAUCUCGCGACAGCUGCUCGUCUCCCACGGAUGCGUCUCCAAGAUACUGGCGCGCUUCACCGAGACCGGCUCCAUACUGCCAGGGGCCAUCGGUGGAAGCAAGCCCCGUGUUUCAACACCUCUGGUGAUUCGCAAAAUUCGCGAGUACAAGCAAGAGAAUGGUGCUCUGUUUGCUUGGGAGAUUCGUGAGCGACUACUCUUUGAUGGAGUUUGCCCUCGAGACUCUUUGCCCAGCAUAUCUUCUAUCAAUCGUAUCCUGCGCCGAACGCUGGGGCGGUCAAAACCACAACGCCUCAUGGCACCGAACCACAUGGACAUUGAACAGCACCCUCCUGCUUCCAUGGGAUUAGACACACAGAAAAGAACCUUCUUUAUUAAGGAUAUUUUAGGUCGGCACAUGUAACUAUGCCACAACUCUUUUCAACACGUAGGUUUGUGGAAGAAGGUAGAGCUGGCGCUUGUUAGGCACAACUAAUUUUGCUCUGUUGUUUACUUGUACUGUUUUUGUGGUGUGAAAUAAAGUUAUACAAGAAUGUUGGC